AUGGCCUCCGCGUACCUCAGCCACCAGCAGAAAGUUCUGCGACUCUACAAGAAGUCGCUGAGACAUAUCGAGUCCUGGUGCAUUUUUCGGGACAAGUACCGCUUCUACGCGUGCCUUCUGCGCGCCCGCUUUGACGAACACAAGGACGAGAAAGACAUGAUAAAGGCCACCAAGCUGCUGAAGGCCGGCGAGGAGGAGUUCUGGGACAAGCAGCACCCGCAGCCCUACAUCUUCCCAGACUCGCCCGGCGGGACAUCCUACGAGCGCUACGAGUGCUACAAGGUCCCAGAGUGGGUCUUGGAGCACUGGCACCCAUCCGAGAAGGCCAUGUACCCCGACUACUUUGCCAAGAGGGAACAGUGGAAGAAGCUGAGAGAGCUCAGCUGGGAUAAAGAGGUGGCUCAGUUGCAGGCGGAGACUCCGGCCGACGGACCCAAGACUGAAGCGCUCCCUCCAGCCCGCCGCGAGGGCGACCUGCCGCCUCUGUGGUGGCAGUUCGUCACCCGCCCCAGGGAGCGCCCCACAUGA